AUGUCAUCCGAUCACGUGCCAAGCCCGAACGACGUCUACGCCGUGCGCAACAUCCUGCGCAGCCUCAAGCUGCCGCCCGAGCUGGUCCUGUCGAUCCUGGCCUUCGCACGCUACAACCCGCGCGUGCACGCGGCCCGGCACGAGAACCGCAGCUACCGCGCCUCGAGCAUGCCGAACCAUUGCGUCGCCGGCCUCUACCUCUGCACGCCGGUCAUUCCCGUCCCGCAUCCCUCCGAAGGCUACGACGACUUCAAGAUCGCCGCCGUUACCUUCGUGCUGCGCAGCGCCGACCAGGGCUGGGGCGGUGAUCGCGGCCAUGGGCUGUAUCGCGGCAGCUGGACCUGGUUUGAGGCCAGCAUUUUGCGCCGCGCUGAAGGUGUGCCUGAGGAUGGACCAGUCGGCGACGGCAUUGAGCAUGGCAUGUCGCAUAGGCUGAGCGAGCCGGCUGCCGCGCGCGAGCUGCUCAAUGCGCUCGGGUGGGACUUUGCGAAGAGUGAAGACGGCAAGGUUGCGUGGACGGUGCAGUGCAAUCGCGUGGCCCACAGGGCGCCUGUAGAUCACGAGGUGUGCUGGAGACGUCAUGAAUGCCGUGCGAAGCCGGAAGGUGACGAUGAUGGAAAGGGUGAUGGAGCUGGAUUUUUGGAGCUGAUGAGGCCUGGAGACAGGGUUGCAUUAUGGGGGAGGGCUCAGUUUCCUAGCUGGGUGAACAACGUGGAAUCGGCUGAGAUCACCGUUGAUUAUGAAGUUUAA